UUGGUGAGCUAAUUUUGUCACCCCAAUAAAUACUUAACCAAAAUAAAGUAUAUGGACUGUUAAAGCCGAAACAAGUAUAAUUCACCAUCCUAAUAACCUAAAAUAUUAGUUUAGGAACCACAUUAAACUUCAGAAAGAAGUUUUAGGAUCUAAACGCCGUAUUUCGCGUCAAAAAUAUAUUUCUUCUUCCUCAAGCAGAAAGAAAAGUAUCAGUAGCCAAUUUACCCUCCUAAUUUUUGCAAUUCUUCGAUUUACUACUACAACUUUGCUUCAUCGUCGUCUUCAACCUCUCGAUCGAUUUCAACUGAGAAUUAGUCGUUAAUGGGUGAUAGUCAGUAUUCUUUCUCACUCACUACGUUCAGUCCGUCUGGAAAGCUGGUUCAGAUUGAGCAUGCCUUGACUGCUGUUGGGUCUGGUCAAACAUCAUUGGGGAUUAAAGCUUCUAAUGGUGUCGUAAUUGCUACGGAAAAGAAAUUGCCAUCCAUCUUAGUUGAUGAAGCAUCUGUGCAGAAAAUUCAGAUUUUGACGCCAAAUAUUGGAGUUGUCUACAG